AUGAGCCAAGGAGGAGGGGCCAAGGAGAGGGAGUUGAAUAUGAGGGGCCAGGGAGGAGGAGCCAAGGAGAGGGAGUUGAAUAUGAGGGGCCAGGGAGGAGGAGCCAAGGAGAGGGAAUUGAAUAUAUGGACCCAGGGAGAAGGAGCCAAGAAGAGGGAGUUGAAUAUGAGGGGCCAGGGAGGAGGAGCCAAGGAGAGGGAGUUGAAUAUAUGGACCCAGGGAGAAGAAGCCAAGAAGAGGGAAUUGAAUAUAUGGACCCAGGGAGAAGGAGCCAAGGAGAGGGAAUUGAAUAUAUGGACCCAGGGAGAAGGAGCCAAGAAGAGGGAGUUGAAUAUAUGGACCCAGGGAGAAGGAGCCAAGAAGAGGGAAUUGAAUAUGAGGAGCCAUGAAGAAGGAGCCAAGAAGAGGGAGUUGAAUAUGAGGAGCCAGGGAGGAGGAGCCAAGAAGAGGGAGUUGAAUAUGAGAAGCCAGGGAGGAGGAGCCAAGAAGAGGGAGUUGAAUAUGAGGAGCCAGGGAGGAGGAGCCAAGAAGAGGGAGUUGAAUAUGAGGAGCCAUGAAGAAGGAGCCAAGAAGAGGGAGUUGAAUAUGAGGAGCCAGGGAGGAGGAGCCAAGAAGAGGGAGUUGAAUAUGAGAAGCCAGGGAGGAGGAGCCAAGAAGAGGGAGUUGAAUAUGAGGAGCCAGGGAGGAGGAGCCAAGAAGAGGGAGUUGAAUAUGAGGAGCCAGGGAGGAGGAGCCAAGGAGAGGGAGUUGAAUAUGAGAAGCCAGGGAGGAGGAGCCAAGAAGAGGGAGUUGAAUAUGAGGAGCCAGGGAGGAGGAGCCAAGGAGAGGGAGUUGAAUAUGAGGAGACAGGGAGGAGGAGCCAAGGAAAGGGAGGGAACUGGAGAUGAGGAGCCAGGAAGAAUGGGCCAAGAAGAGGGAGUUGGAGAUGAGGAGCCAGAUGGAUGA